AAACAAGUGACAUACAUUAAACGCAUUGUCAAAACUUAUUUACAGCAACGUAUAAUUAAUUAAGAGCACAAAAAUAAUACUUAACAGUGUGUGAAACCGAAAGUUGCGAACAUUUCGUGGCAUGCAGAGUGCAAGAAUCAUUAAAAUAACAUGUCGACCUAUAAAAGCGCUUCUUUACCAAGCAGCUGGUUUUACCCAAGGUACAAAAAUGGCUGACGAAGUAGCAAAGGCUCAGGUUGCUAAAGCAGGUGGUGAUACAAUUUUUGGCAAAAUACUAAGAAAAGAAAUCCCAUGCAGUUUCAUUUACGAGGAUGAUCAGUGUGUUGCCUUCAACGAUGUAAAUCCGCAAGCUCCGACUCAUUUCUUGGUGAUUCCUCGUAAGCCAAUCCCCCAGCUAUCGAGAUCAGAAGAUGUUGAUGAGCAGUUGCUGGGACAUCUGUUGAUUGUUGCCCGGAAGCUUGCUAAGGAUUUGGGUCUCGGCAAUGGAUUCCGUUUGGUUGUGAAUGAUGGUCCAGAUGGCUGUCAGUCUGUUUAUCACCUGCACGUUCAUGUAUUGGCUGGACGUCAACUCGGCUGGCCACCUGGUUAAUAGGUUGAGGAGCACUGUUCAUUUUGGUACUGGCUUUAAUUAUGUUAUUGUUAUUGGGCAACACUGGAAAAAUAAAGUUGUGUAAUGCUAGC